GAAGAUGGCACACUUGCCGGUCUCUAAUGGAAUUGAGUGCUUUGACUUUGCUUCCGUGAAAGGAAAACAAUGUCCAAAACUACCGAUGGGUGCUAAAAAGUGCAGCCAUUAGCUAACACUGUCCCCUUAAUGUCCCCCCUGGAAAACAGUGAAAGUUGAUAUGAAAUUUUCUCAUAUGUUGUCAAACUAACUUCUGUCAAAACUAAUGUAGAGCGCAUUGUUACCUCGAGGAGAUUUCUGAUAACAUGAGAAUGGUUGUCGCAGGGAUACUUUUAUUUUACAUCUGCGGAUCGGUUGCCAUGGUAACCACUCCGACCGGAAACCGAUGUUUUACUUGUUCAUUCACCGUGAACAAGCCAUGGAUGAAGACGGAAUGUGUGAACAAUACGGAACAAAUAUCCAUUCACGACGACUCCCGACCCUGCAAAAACUACUGCUACACAGAGGAACGGUUCAAUAUACGCACAAAACAAGUAGAUUCAGUAUUUCGGUCCUGCCGAGACUAUCCCAAAAAUGGAUGUUCCGAAAAUGACGGGUUUGUCACGUGCACGUAUUCCUGCAUGGGCAGCUUAUGUAACAACAUCUCUGUGGGUACAGACCAUGUGACAUUUUGUGAUAACUUCGACUGUUCCAAGGCGGCCACACAAAACCUAUCAAUUCUUGUUGUGAUUUACUGUGUGUUUGCAAGUCUUUUAGGAUGAUUUUCAGUUUCUGUCCUGGUCUCACUGCAUUUUUCAUAUGUAAAGUCUCAUAGUUGUGUUAUUUAUUUGUAAAUGUUACACAAUGUACAUUUUUAAAGUAAAUGAUUGAAAACAAUGAA